GGGAAAGAUUAUGCACGGCUGCAUAUAGCUGUCAUGUGCACAUCUUAAGAAGCUUGUGGGGAGCCCAAUAUAUCUUCCUGCGCCACCCUCAUCCCCGCUGCAGAAGGCUUGAGCUCUUGUGGCAAGGACAUGUACGCCUGAGCGUCUCUGGAAAAGCCAAGCGCGACAACGGAAAUUUUGGCAGGGCAAGGGCGGCUUUUCAGCAGGGCCCUUGGGCCUAGCAACUGCUGCCUUGUGUAGCAGCAACCUCAUACAUAUGGCGUCGACUAUCCCUCCCAGUGCAGGUUCUCUCGUGACCGCGCUGCUAGCGGAGAUUGAGAAGGACAGGGAAGCCAAGAAGAAGCGGCAAGAGGAGCACAGGGGCAACCAGCAAAGGAAGGAAGCAGCUCAAGCCGACGACAGUGAUGCGGAGAGUGAUCGUUCAGAGUCGCCCGGGCCGCCGGAUCCUCGGACCUGCAUGGUUUCUGGGCCGGGCUUUGCUGGCGGCGCGUCGGGCACACCAGUUAACCUUUUCAUUAUAUGCAAAGAUGAAGAUGGAAAACGCUGUAAGGAGGGCGGCGAUGACGUCGUGGUCAAAGUGGUCCCCGCAGGCGGUGCCAGCGGUCCCGCAGCGACCUACGUCGACGUGCAGAUCGAGGACAAGGAGAACGGCAUGUAUGUAGCGACAUACACAGCGCCAGCUAAGGGCACCUACAACGUGACCGUGGAGGUCAACGGCCGGCCUCUGGAGGGCUCUCCGUUUCCUGUCUUCUUCGGCCCACCCGCAGACCCGGCGCCUGCAGCAGCUCCAGCGGCCGGCGCCAGCACUGCUGGAACCGGCGCAUCCGCGAUGUCCUCAGCCAUAGCGGCUGGGACGGCUGCUCUCGGGGCGCUCCCAACCCUCCCCGCCACGGCCGGCAUGCCCACCUUUCCGGGCGCCGGAGCGCUAGCCGGACUGUCCGGCGCGCUACCGGGCCUUGCGACCGGACUCUCCGGCCUGCCGACGCUGCCUAACGCCCAGCCUGGCGGCAUCAACCCCGCCACAGCUGCCGCCGUCGCAGCGUCGCUGUCACAGCAGGCUACACUUGCGGGGCUUCUGUCCGGCGGCGGCGCAGGUGUCGGCGGCCUGAGCGCCACCAACCCGCUCAUGGCAGCAGCCUUUCCACAGCUGGCGUCCGUCGCGCCCGUGGUGGACCCGCAGGCCCGCACCCUGCUGGUGUCCAACAUCACAACUGCGGUGACCCCCGAGCAGCUGAAGAACCUGUUUGGGGUGCUGGGGACGGUGCAGCACCUGCAGAUGCUGGGCACGGACAUGGCUAUGAUUGAGAUGGCCACCCUGCAAGACGCGCAGGCUGCGCUGGCCCUCCACAACCACGUGCUGGGCGACAAGGCGCUCAGCGUGCAGUACCUGGCGGUGGCGCAGGAGGCCAUGGCAUCCAACCCGCUCAUGGCGCUGAAGCUGCAGCAGAUCCAGCAGAUGCAGCAGACCAUGAAGAGCGGGGCGGCGCUGGCAGCGCAGGUGGCCCAGCUGCGGGCUAUGGCAAAGUUUGGAGUGAACUCCUUGGACCCCUCGAAGGAGGCGGAGGAGGCGGCGGCGCGGCUGGCGCGGCGCCUGGGUGGUCGCAGCCGCAGCAGGUCACGUGGGCGGCGGCCUCGCUCCCGGUCACGGUCGCGCUCCCGGGAUCGACGGAGAGACGACCGCUCCCGGUCUAGGGACCGCAGGCGGCGCAGCUCUCGGAGCCGGGAACGCAGCCGGGAGCGGCAACGCCAGCGGGAGCGUGAACGGGAGAGGGAGCGCGAGCGGGAGCGGCAAAGACGCGACCGGGAAAUGCGCGAGCGGGAGAGGGAGCGGGAGCGCCGGAGGGCGGACAGCCGCGAGCGCCGCCGUACAGCCCGCAGCCGCAGCAGGUCCCGAAGCCGCGACCGCCGGCCUAGGGAUGCGGACCGCAGCCGCCGUGACAGCCGCAGCCGCAGCCGUGGGCGCGAUCGGAGCCGGGACCGCAAGCCCGCCCUCCAGGACCGCAGUCGCAGCCGCAGCAGGGACCGCAGCCGGAGCCGCGACAGGUGGGCCCGUGACAGGGACAACGGAGCCGGCGGCAGCCGCAGGUCAGAUGGGCGCGGUGGCGAGGGCAGGGAUAAGGAAAAGAAGUCGAAGCACAAGAAGGAGAAGAAGGAGCGGAAGGAGCGGGACCGCAAGCGCGAGCGGCGUGAGGCUGAAGACGCGGAGGAUGAGGAGGAGCCGGCUGCCGAUGUUGGCGAUGAGCGGGGAGAGGCCACGGAGCGAGGGAACGACGACAAGGCGGGUAAGGAGCGUGAGAGCGAGGCGGAUGUGGCGAUGGGGUCACCCAGUCGGGAAGCCGCCGGCGGCGGAGCAGCUGGGGAGGAUGAGGGGGAUCGGAAAAGAGGACGGGAGUCGUCGCCGAGCGAGGAUUCUAAGGGGCCGGGGCCGGACGCUUCGCCGGUGGGACGCGGCCGCCAAGACAAGAUGGAUGAGGACUGAGGACGUGCAUGGUUGUCUUGCGGUCUGGACAGCAGUUUCCUCUGCUGCAGGCUUGCGUGGAGGCAUUGCACAUGUGAAUGGCGGGCGCAUGUAGCGUAGUUGACCUUUUGUACUAAUUGCAGGAGGCAUGCCUGUAAUGUGGCGCUUUUGGACAGGAUGGGGUACGGGUUUGGGGGUUGCUGUACGUCCCAAAAACAAGUACCGUACGUCUGCUGGCGGCAUGCCACAUGUAUAGACGCUCUCUAUAGCGUAACCAAAAACGUGUUGUACUUCCUGGUUUCUUAGGGCUGUACGCGAGCGCCGUCCUAAAUCAGUACAUGAACCUUGGAAGCCGUUGGCUGUCUUGCUGGUUGGAUACUAGGCUAGCUUUGCGCGCGGAACAUGGGUAGUUUGGAGCCGGAUGCCGCUUCCCUUCAAACGUUCCAAGCUGAGGUGCCAUCCUGGAAAUGUCCAGGGCCCUUCGACAAGCUCACAUGCGUUCACACUGUAGACGCUCAGCUGAGCGCACAGCUCUGCUGCUGAUAUCACGCAAAAUGGUCAAGCGGGCGGCUGAAUGAUAAUGGCGUUGUGUAAGAGGGUAUGUGGC